AUGGCUGCACCAGCUCCAAUUGCAAUAGGCACGCGAGGCACUGUAGGUUCGCUUGUCAGGAAGGAGAUCGAGUAUUUCACCAAUCUUGAGCUCGACCGGCCGUGUGGAAACUCAAGCUCGAGGAAGCCUCAGGGACAAAUAGUUGACAUGACUUCCAGCAGUUGCACUCAUUCGAGCAAGCCUAGCUUCUGGUUCUUGAUAAUGACCUGGAAAAGGAAGAAGAGAAGCAGCAGAAGAUUCUUAUCAAGCAUAUGCUCCGCUACAAAAGUUGCAGAAACCAAUCGGCUAAAUGGCAUUCCUGGGUUUAAUUACAGGAUCCUCAAGGAUGACAUGAACAACUUGAGAAUUUAA